UAGACGCUCAGUCGUCUUUGUGAAUCACAAGCUUCAAGAUUGCCUUUGGAUCGGUUUCAUCUAUCAGUACUUACUAAUCUCCGGAAGUAUAUAGUUUCCCAACCACCAAGAUGCACUGGAUGAUCUCAGUGGUGUUGCUCCUGUUGGCUCUUAACUCCGUUUCCGAGGCCCAGGACACCAUUUCGGCGAUGUGUCGCCGGGACGAACUGUGCACCACUAUAAAGCGCUGCGAGGAUUCGGAUGACUCCGGGAAAAAGGGCAUUGGUCCGCGGAUAAACCGCUUCUGCGGCAUUGGGAAGAUCUGCUGCGAAAAGGAUCAGCUGGACACUUGGGACAGCCUGCAGAGCUCCAGAGGUCAGCCAGCCCGCUCUGUGGCCCCCAUACGAGAUAAGGUGUCCGUUCUGGAGCCGCCGCCAAACGAGAGUUGCGGCGUGAACAAGGAGUGCGUGCCCAGGAAACUCUGUCGCGACAACAUCAUCAACGACUCCGGCAUCAGUCUGAUCAACCCCAGGAUCAGCUCGAUUCAGUGCAGCAAGUCCUUGUACCGCUGUUGUGCUGUCGACCAGCAGGUGGAAGCCAGCCAAAGUCCUUAUGUGCAGAAGCAGGCCGACUUCAAGUACAAGAACUGCGGCUACAGCAAUCCGCAGGGCUUGAUCCCCGACAAUGACAAGUUCAACUACACGGAGGACGUGUCCAUUUUCGGCGAGUUUCCCUGGGUGGUGGGCAUCUUCACCGGGCGGCAGGAGUUCCUGUGCGGAGGCACCCUGAUCCACCCGCGGCUGGUGGUCACCACCUCGCACAACCUGCUCAACGAGACGGUGGACACGCUGGUGGCCAGAGCAGGAGACUGGGACCUGAACAGCCUGAACGAGCCGUACACGCACCAGGGCAGCCGCAUCAAGGAGAUCAUCAUGCACCCGGAGUUCGAUCCGGAGCGGCUGUACAACGACAUAGCGCUGCUCCUGCUGGACGAGCCCAUCCAACUGGCGCCCCACAUCCAGCCGCUUUGCCUGCCGCCUCUGCAGUCGCCGGCGGUGAUCGAGCAACUGCUCACCGCCACCUGCUAUGCCACCGGCUGGGGCGCCAAGGAGGCGGACAGCGAGAAGCUGGAGCACGUGCUCAAGAAGAUCAGCCUGCCGCUGGUGGAGCACGACGAGUGCCAGGCGAAGCUGAGGAACACCCGCCUGGAGGCCCGCUUCCGUCUGCGACCGAGCUUCCUCUGCGCCGGCGGCGAUCCUGGCAAGGACACCUGCAAGGGCGACGGCGGAUCGCCGCUCUUCUGCACGAUGCCCGGCGAGAGGGACCGCUACCAGCUGGUGGGCAUCGUCUCCUGGGGCGUCGAGUGCGGCGUCGAGGACAUUCCGGCCGUGUACGCCAACGUGCCUUACCUGCGCGGCUGGAUUGACGAAAAGAUCCGAGGACUCGGCAUCACACUGCCAACGCAGUAACAUAACAUUCACAACUGUGUAAAAUAUAUGAAAAUAAAAAACGUUGUACAUUAAAUAAG